UUUCCACACCUCGACAAAAUUUAUCCAAACAGGGCAAAUAAAUUAUGAGAAUACGAUGUCAGUGAACCGGUUGACAAGGCAAGGCAUGCAAGCAAUAUUGCAAGUUGAAACUUUUCAAAAAGAAUAACCAAUCUUUUUAUUUAAAGUAUUUCGUUGGCAGAAAGAAGAUGAUAAUUCUUAAGAUAUUUAUAUUUGUCGUUGUUUUUAUAAACAAGUGUUUUACUCUACCUGCACCAGGUUCAACAGACACAUUCGAAUGUUAUGCUUACGGUAGUCAGAUUGAAUUAUUUCAUACCAGAGUUUGUGAUGGGAUACGGGAUUGUGACAUGGGAGAAGACGAAACAAACUGCCGCACUUCACCUUCGCCAAACACUUGUGAAAUAGCGCAGUUUCAGUGUGAAAAUAGACGAUGUUUGCCAAAGACUUGGGUUUGUGAUGGAACUGAUGACUGCCGUGAUGGAAGCGAUGAAGCGAAUUGUGAAGGAGUUACAUGCACCAGUGACUACUUCAGUUGUGGAAAUGGAAUUUGCAUGCCAUCCACAUGGCGAUGCGACGGCCAGAACGAUUGCCAUAACGGUAAUGACGAACUUGACUGUCCUGAUGACAAUGAAAAGCUACGAGUAUGUGAAGUAACGGAAUUUCGUUGUGGAAGUGGAAGUUGUAUUUCUAAACAUUGGGUCUGCGAUUUCCAUAACGAUUGCGGAGAUAACUCUGACGAAUACAAUUGUACUUCAUCACCUGUUACUUGCAUCGGUAGCUACUUUAGUUGUGGAAAUGGCAAGUGCGUACCACGCAAAUGGCGAUGCGACGGCGAGAACGAUUGUCAUGACGGUGAAGACGAAGUUGGCUGUCCUGAUAUCAAUGACAAAAUUUGCAAUAAACAUCAGUUCCAAUGUGGAAAUGAGGACUGUAUUUCUAAGAAUAGCACUUGUGAUGGCAAGAAAGACUGCUCAGAUGGCUCAGACGAAAGUAACUGUGAGAAAUGUAAAUCAGGAGCAUUCAAGUGUUGGGAUGACAGUAACUGUAUUUCUGAUUUUUCGAAAUGUGAUGCAAUCGAAGAUUGUGAUGAUGGUUCAGAUGAAAUGUUCUGCCCGGAGUGCGAAGAAUUCCUUUGCAACACCAGAGAGUGUAUUCCUAAUGAACAAGCAUGCGAUGGUAUUCAACAAUGUUCAGAUGGAACGGAUGAAAAAGAUUGUGAAUAUAUUCGAGGAUGUCCACCAAAUCACUUUCAAUGUGACAAUGGACAAUGCAGACCAAAUAAAUGGAAAUGUGAUGGAAUUGAUGACUGCGGGGAUGAAUCGGAUGAAAUCGAUUGCACAUAUUACGGGAAUUGUAACAAAACUGCCAUGAUAACUCUAAGAAUAAUCGUGUUCAUCUCGGCCUUGAUAGCCAAAUGUUAUGGAAUUCCGAAGCCGGACGUUAUUCGUUGCGUUUCUUUCGGAAGCCAAAUUGCUAUAUCCGGUAGAAGAGUUUGUGAUGGAAUGCGCGAUUGUGACGAAGGCGAAGACGAAGAAAAUUGCGAUCAAUCACUCCAUCCAUACGAUUGUGCAAAAAGAGAGUUUCAAUGUUCAAACGGCAUAUGCUUACCAAAAUUCCUGCAUUGUGAUGGAAUAGAAGAUUGUGGAGAUGGAAGCGAUGAAACCAAUUGUGACGUAAUUAACGUGAAUAUGUCUUUUCCUAAGGCACCUUGCGAGUUGGAGAAUUUCGAUUGUGGUGAUGGAAUGUGCAUACCGGCUAAUUUUGUAUGUGACGAUGAAGCUGAUUGCGUAGAUGGUGAAGACGAAGUAAACUGCACUGCGAAAGAACACAUGGUUGACAAGAAUGCCGAUCGCAUGUUGCUGUUUGCUAAGUUGAAAGUACACUUGCGUUUCGAGGUUCAAGGUUUUUCAAGGCACUUGCGAAUCAAGCCAUGCACAGAAUCAGAAUUCCGUUGUGGAAAUGGGGAUUGCAUUAACAGACUAUUUGUUUGUGACCAUUAUGGUGAUUGUAAUGACGGAUCAGAUGAAUUUAAUUGCACGAAAUGCAAAUCAGGUGAAUUCGAAUGUUGGGGCGACGGUUCUUGUAUUCCUGAGAAGUCAAAAUGUAAUUACAACAGAGAUUGCGAUGAUGGUUCGGAUGAAAUUUCCUGUCCUGAGGUCGAUAAUUCCAGUUGUGACGAAUUUCUAUGCAACACUAACGAAUGCAUCCCUUAUGAACAAGCAUGCGAUGGCAUACAGCAAUGUUCAGAUGGAACGGAUGAAAAAGAUUGCAAAUACGCAGGAGGAUGUCCACCAAAUCACUUUGAGUGCAACAAUACACAAUGCAGACCGGACAAAUGGAAAUGCGACGGAAUUGAUGAUUGUGGGGAUAAAUCGGACGAAAUUGAUUGCCCAUACAUAUAAACAAUGAUGAUCAAUCCCCGAAUAUCGUUGUU